UUGGUUUCCGGUUUCAGGUUCCGGGAUUUUCCUGAUAAGUAACCAAAGAAAAUCAAGCACUCUCUUUAAAGGAAUGCAGUCUGCAGUCAGACACAAUCUUCACCCUGACAAUGAGGCUGAGAUCAACAAGCUGGUCAACAUCAAACUCACUGCAUCCUACACGUUCCUCUCCCUAGGCAUGUACUUUGACAGGGAUGAUGUAGCCCUCCCCAGCUUCUCCCGUUUCUUCCUUGACCGCUCUAUAAAGGAAAGAGAGCAAGCAGAGUAUCUCUUGGGGUAUCAGAACAUGAGAGGAGGUCGAAUUUUGCUUCAGACCAUUGCAAAGCCCUCCAGGGACGACUGGGUAGGGGGAUUGGAUGCAGUCUCAUUUUCUCUGCAGUAUCAGAAGUCUCUCAAUCAGGCCAUAAUGGAACUGCACUCCAGAGCAAACACUCACAAUGAUCCACAUCUGUGUGAUUUUUUGGAGCAGCAUUUCCUGUCAGACAGCCAUGAUGUCAUCAAGCAGCUAGGUGAUUACAAGCGAAGCCUGACAUCCCUCAAGUCCAGUGAACCACAUGGUGCCAUGGGCGAGUACCUGUUUGACAAGCACACUCUGUGAGGAUCAAGUUGUAGUUCUGUUUUUUUUUCCCAAUCAAAACCAGCAGGUAGGGCAAUGCUGCAUAGAUAGGAUGAACAGAAUCCAAUCUUUUGUUACAAUGCUUUAGAGUAGUUACCUGUGAUGUAAAUCACGGUACUCAGUAGGUGCUAAAAGUCAUUCAUAUAAACAUAUUUUCUAUUGUGUUCUCAAAAUUUUUGGUUUUUUUAAAAAGGCAAAUGGGUCUAUAAUGGGUCUAUGGCUCCAGAUCAGUCUAUAAUCUAUGCAUUUAAUGUAUGUGGUUUUUAUAUUAUAGGGUAUUAUUGUAAUGUUACAAAACGCUUUUGUCUACAAAGCUGAUUGCCAACAUUCUACAAAGGAACUGAAACUACAUAUAAAGAAUUUCUCCUGUUAUGACAGUACUUGUACAGGGCAGUUGUUCCGGAAUGAAAUCGUAAAUGUUACAAAGUGCUAAUCAAAAAGUGUAAAAAGGUUUUUACGCUGUAGCUAAAACUGAAAAGACAGUGUUCAAAUGACAGUCCAAGGUGAAGUUUAACACAUUCUUCUAUUUAUGAUAAUUUUUACAGUUGUUUUAUCAAUGCUGCACAAUAUGCCAUGAGUUGCCAAUUCCAGAACUGUUAACUAACAGUUUGUAUAUCUCCUACUGUCAGGUACAGGUGUGGUACACUGUGCUGUUGACACAGAUCCCGUCAGUUUAAUGGAAAAGGCAGUUUGGAGAAAGUCUGAUAUUUAUUCCACAUACAGUGAAAGCAAUUGAGCAUAAACAUGUCUGAUUAUUCAAUGUCUGUAAUUAAACCACACAGUCCUUGCUUUACUAACAGUUCUAGUGUGGCAUAUGACAUGGUACUGGAAUGGGAAAACAGAACUUUUGUAAAUUUAAAAAAAAAAAAAAAAAACCCUUUCAGCAUUUUAUAUCUGUUAAUUUUUAACUUCCCUUUGUUGAUUUUGACCCUGUGGUUUAAUUUUGGCCCAGAUCACACUAAAUAUGUUCUUCUCAAUAAUGUGAAACAAUCUUAAAGCCAUCUGCUGCUGAAAAUCAUAAUUGUUUGCGAUAAUAUGGAAAUGAUUUCUUAUGAAUGCAGUUUGCAGGUGCCUGUGUAACUUGGCACUCUAAGCUUUUGGAACCUUGUGACUGUUAUUUUUGGGAACUGGCCAUCGAAAAAACAGGAGCACAAUACAUAUAAAUUUACAAAUUGAGCUUUAUGCGAACCCAGUAUUCAUGAACAGAAAGCUGAGUCUUUAGGUUUUACUUUGUAAGUUUGUCUUGUAGUAAUACAAUAGUCAAAGAUGCAUUUUGUUUUAGUGUUUACAGUUGUGCUGCUUGGAGUCUAUUUUCUCAGCAUCCUUGAUUUCAUCGUGUUUGGAAUAAUAUGAGGACAGUUCCAUUAUACAGAAAUUAUGAUUGAACAGUUUAUAGUACAACACUGGUGUUGCUACUCUGCAUUUCUUUUCAUUCUUCGUAUAAAAGUGACAUACAUAGAAUUUGCGUGAUGCUGUGACAUGGCGCCUGGGUGGUGUGAGAGAACGUGGGUUUGUGUGGAGUUUGCAUGCUCUCCCCAUGUCUG